UCUUCUCUCUUGUGCGAACUGGGCACUCUCUCUUGUCGUCCCCGCCGCUUGCUCCAUCUCCUUCUCUCGCUGGCUGUGUUCUCCCCGUCUCAUCUGGCAAGCUAUGUUCUCUCCCUCUCCUCUUGGUGGCUCUAUUCCCCCUGUCACCUUUGUUAUCUGAUAACACCCACAGAGAGACAACUCGCACCACCACCACACAAAUUCGGAACGAUUUCAUUUGGGUUUUAGAACCUUGAUUGGGAAUCGAUAAUAGGAUUUGAAAAUUCGAAAAGGUUUCAUAUGGGUUUUAUGAUUCAGAAAGAGUUCUUCUGGAUUUAAGAUUUCAUCUGGGUUUUUAAUUUCUUUAAUUUCUGGGUUUUAAUAUUCCAUCUGCUUGAUGGUGUUUUCAAGCCCCUUUGGGCCAACAACAGCAGGUAAGAAAAUGAGGGUGUUUGUGGGGGUGGUGCGACACAGGGAUCUGGGAUUCUGGGAAAGAGAUAGAUUUUUUUUUAUUUUUUAAUUUUUUUUUAGUAAUCUGAUUUAAACAGGGGACAAAUAUGAAGUGAAAUAUCAAAGUUACUUUGAAUUUCUCUUAUCCGGUUCAGUAUCAAACACAUUAUAAAUGAUAUGAUCAUUGAUCCGAUAUUGCAUCAAAUGCUUAAUUAAUUUAAUCAGUACUAUCCGGUAGUUAUUUAUUCUAUCCGACAGAAAUAGUUAGUACAAUUUGAACUGCCAAACAAAGUCUUAGGAUCAUCCACGCUGGUGCUUUCCGUCUCCAAUGUGCUGGCCCUGGUCCUGGACUCGGUCUUGUAGAUGAUGCAACAAGCCUAUUAACACUAGGAACGCCCGCUUUGUUGUGUUUGCCUUCUCAUCUGCUUGCAAGCAAAUCCCCGCCAGCAUGUACAACGAUAAUUUAGCCAAUCACGACAAUGGCAAUUCAGUUAUUUCCCAAAUAGUCAGGGGUAUUUCUGGUGUUCCACAAAACCUUAUAACUGUAGACCUUUUGCUUUCGCUCCCGCGGAUGCUGUCAUAAACCUCCUCGGUAAUUUCUCAGAGAAGAGAACCGACAUCCCCAAAGCGCUGUCGUGUCGGUCUCGGCUCUCUCCUCUUUCUUCUCGAACUAGAGAAACCCUAAUCUGUUUACAGAGAUGGCCGAUGCCAACGACAAGUUAGCGUAUUUCCAAGCGAUCACAGGCCUCGAAGACACCGAUUUGUGCGAGGAGAUUCUCACCGCCCAUGGCUGGGACCUCGAGCUCGCGAUCUCCUCCUUCACCACCACUGCGAACCAUACGCCUUCGCCGGAAGAUCCAUCCUAUUCCGGAACCACCUCCAUAGUCUCCGAUUUCGGCGGUGGGAACGGCCUUCGCUCCAUUCCCCAAUCGUCGCACCAGUCUGGACAGUCGUCAAACGCGGUCGCAGCACCCGGUUUUGCUUGGAGGGUCAUCACUCUGCCUAUUUCGGUUAUUUCUGGUAGUCUAGGGUUGAUUUCUCGGGCGGUUGGGCUCGGGUUGUGGGCCGCCGGUGGAGUGCUUUCGUACUCGCUCGGAAUGAUUGGACUCGGGGUUGGUCGGGACGGCGAGGCCUCUGCCCAAUUACUGUCGGUGCCGGCGGUGGGGAAUGAAGCAGUGCAGUUUGUAGCGAGGUUUGAGCAAGAUUUUGGGACGAGGAGGCCGAAUUUUGUCAGCGAGGGGUUUAUGGACGCCCUGCAGAGGUCGAGAAACUCUUUCAAGCUGUUGUUCGUCUACUUGCACUCGCCCGAUCAUCCUGAUACGCCGUCGUUUUGUGAGAGGACUCUGUGCUCUGAGAUGUUGGUGGCUUAUGUUAAUGAGAAUUUCGUGUCGUGGGGAGGGAGCAUUCGGGCAAGUGAAGGCUUCAAGAUGAGUAAUAGUCUGAAGGCCUCGAGAUAUCCCUUCUGUGCCGUCGUAAUGGCUGCCACGAACCAGAGGAUCUUACUGCUUCAGCAGGUUGAGGGGCCAAAGUCUCCUGAAGAAAUGCUCUCAAUACUAAACAGAGUGGUUGAAGAAAGUGCUUCUGUUCUUGGCACAGCAAGGCAUGAGGCAGAACAAAGGAGAAUCAAUGUUCGUUUAAGGGAGGAGCAAGAUGCUGCUUAUAGAGCAGCACUUGAAGCUGAUCAGGCGAGGGAAAACCAGAGGAGGGAAGAGCAAGAACGUCUAGAAAGAGAAGCUGCUGAAGCUGAACGGAAGCGCCAGGAAGAAGAAGAGGCUCGUGAAAGAGCAGCACAGGAAGCUGCAGAGAAAGAGGCUGCACUAGCUAGGAUGCGGCAGGAGAAAGUCUUGUCACUUGGUGCCGAACCUGAAAAAGGACCUGAUGUUACACAGGUUGUGGUUCGGUUCCCAACUGGACAACGCAAGGAAAGGAGAUUCCACAGCACUGCAUUAAUCCAAAGUGUCUAUGAUUUUGUUGAUUCUUUGGGUUGUGUCGAUGCCGAGAGCUACAGUUUGGUGUCAAACUUCCCUCGAGUUGUAUAUGGACCAGAGAAGUUGUCUUUAUCCUUGAAAGAAGCAGGGUUGCAUCCACAGGCCAGCCUUUUUCUGGAGCUGAAUUCUUGAGAAUAUGAUGGUUUGUUAUCAAAAUUUAGUAGAGAUGAUUCCUGCAAAACUGCAACUAGGGUUUAAUUUAUUUUUGCAUCUCUAUACGCAGCAACUAUGUCGAUUUCAUUAGAACGAUAUGACGAGUUACGAUAGAUGAUACUGACAAUAUGUGGAUGUGUAGUUUGAUUUCGUUGCAAAUUAUUUCAAACGAGCGGCCCCCAAAAUUGAAGCUGGAAUUGAAAUAAUGAUACUGACUAUAUAGACUUGAAAAUCUAAAUGAGCUCUUCCUUUCA